AUGUUUAUCCCGUGUAACGAGGAAGAGCAAAUCUCACUCUACGGAUUCAAUUUACUAUCUAAUUGGGAGUCUAGAGAGUCUCUCGAAGAAUUGGUGAAAAACGACUAUUCACUGGAACUGUACCGAACAUAUGAGAUCAAAAGGUUCUGUAGAUAUUAUCUUCAAGGGUCUUGUGGUUACCUGGCGAGAAGAGUUAUUCGGAAGAUUGAAACAUUGGAGCAGAAGGAACAGGAGAAAAUCAUAAAAAGAAGAGGUGGAUUAUAG